CUCAUUGAAAAGAAGUCAGACAAGCCAAAGCAAGCUACAAGGCUUGUAAAAAAAAAUCCCUUUCUCCAAUCAGCAAGAGGAUGAACUGAAAGAGUUAAUGGGCUGACCCAGAAAGAAAAACAUAUUUAUAUAUCUAUGUCUAAUCGACACAGUUUCAUCUGGAUUACAACAAGCAAUUGAAGAUUAUUAAUAAAAGUUCAGUGCAUUGGAAAAAAAGCUGAGCACUAUCCAGGAGCAGAGACGAGUGAGCCCGAGGUUUUCCUUCUCCUUUCUUUGCUAUACAGGUUAUCUGGGUUUCCUCCUAACUUGUCCCAUAAGCUUCCACUCUAGUGGUGGGCUUGCCUCUUCCUCUUCGCUCUUGCUCAGGAUGCUGCAACCUCCACUUGCCUAUCUCAAGAUGCUGCUGUCCCCAAAGCUUCUGAGAUGACCUCAGGUUUGGAUCAUCUGGGAGAACUUCCUCGUUUUGAUACAAUUUAUUUAUUUAUUUUGACUAGUUAAAGAACUUUAACUUGUGGAGAAACUUCACCGUGGAGGAGCUGUCCCCCUGUGCCUGGUGCUGAACAGUGGCAGUUGGCUAGGCUUACCUGUCUGCUGGCUUCUAUUAUUCGGAUGAUCUUUUUUAUCUACACCCUACAAGCUUAGUAAAGAGGGGGAAACAAGAGUUGGCUCUUAUGGGAAUUAAACACUCCUCCCGCUGCUUACUCCUAAGGAGGAAGAUGGCUGAAGCUGAGAAUGUAGAGGUUUGUGGCGGCCCUUCGCAGCCUGUUCAGCCAGUGGUAAUUCCGAAACCUGUACAGUCAACUCAGAAUGUCAUACAUACCCCUAUUCAACCAAGCUGCCCGGGGAGAGGCAAAAUGGCUAAACUGUUAAAUCCAGAGGAGAUGACCUCAAGAGAUUAUUACUUUGAUUCCUACGCACACUUUGGAAUCCAUGAAGAAAUGUUAAAAGAUGAGGUGCGCACGCUCACGUAUAGAAAUUCAAUGUACCACAAUAAACACGUGUUUAAGGAUAAGGUGGUCUUGGAUGUCGGCAGUGGUACUGGAAUUCUCUCUAUGUUUGCAGCAAAGGCUGGUGCAAAGAAAGUAUAUGGGAUUGAAUGUUCCAGCGUUUCAGAUUAUUCAGAGAAAAUUAUCAAGGCCAACCACUUGGACAACAUCAUUACAAUAUUUAGGGGUAAAGUGGAAGAGGUGGAGCUGCCGGUAGAAAAAGUGGACAUUAUUAUCACGGAGUGGAUGGGGUACUGCCUGUUCUACGAGUCCAUGCUUAACACUGUGAUCUUUGCACGGGAUAAGUGGCUGAAACCUGGAGGGCUGAUGUUUCCUGACCGAGCCGCUUUGUACAUUGUCGCCAUCGAGGACAGACAAUACAAGGACUUCAAGAUCCACUGGUGGGAGAAUGUCUAUGGAUUUGACAUGACUUGCAUCAGAGAUGUGGCCAUAAAGGAGCCGCUUGUGGACAUAGUAGACCCAAAGCAAGUGGUGACCAAUUCCUGUUUGAUAAAGGAAAUUGACAUAUACACAGUGAAGCAGGAAGAUUUGGCAUUUACUUCAGCUUUCUGUCUACAAGUACAACGGAAUGAUUACAUCCACGCUCUUGUCACCUAUUUCAACAUUGAGUUUACAAAAUGUCACAAGAAGACUGGAUUUUCUACAGCCCCUGAUGCUCCUUACACACACUGGAAACAAACAGUCUUCUACAUGGAGGAUUACCUAACAGUACGAAGAGGUGAAGAGCUAUACGGAACCAUAUCAAUGAAACCAAAUGCUAACAACAUUCGUGAUCUGGAUUUCACAGUAGAACUGGAUUUCAAAGGCCAGCUGUGUGAAGCCUCCAUAUCUCACGACUACAAAAUGCGCUAGAUCAACGUCCCAUUAACCCUCUACCUGCCAUACUUGAAGCAACUGGGCUCUUAAGAAGCUGCACGGCGAUGGGAAGCGAGCCCGUAGCAAUGAAGCCUAAGUGUGAAGGCAUUGAAAAAGGGAUGUAAAAAAAUUGAGUAAAAUUUAAUUUGAUGUAUUUAAGCAGUUGGAAGUAGCUAAUAAAUGAAAUAAGCAAUUAUAUUGUGUUUACUGGUUAAUUGUGAUCCAAGAUAGAAAUUGCUGUUUUGGGAAAUGAAAGUCUUUGAUUUGUAAAGGGGAUGCUUGAUUUUACCCGUCAGUGCUUGUAUUUUGGCAAUAAAUUGGUAUAUACCAUAAAAUGUAGAAUCAUUAUGCUACAGCUAAAAAAAAACAAGAGUGUUUACAUCAUUGUUAAUCUUCAAGUGUGUUGUAUAGAUUUAUUUUGUAGCUGUAAAGUGCAAAAGGCGACCCCCAAGCUUCAUGUUCAUCUUGAAUAAAAGAUUCAUCCAUCAACUAA